AUGCACUCUCGCAGCCCUUUGCCGAAGGGGUUCGACUCGAUCGAAUCUACCAUCGAAGCUUUCCGCAAUGGAGAGUUCAUCGUCGUCCUCGACUCACAGGAUCGUGAAAACGAAGGCGACUUGAUCAUCGCCGCUCAGGAUAUCACGACCGAGAAGAUGGCUUUCAUGGUGCGCUACACCAGUGGUCUCAUCUGCGCGCCGAUCACGUCCGAGCUCGCCCACGAGCUGGCACUGCCGCAGAUGGUCGUGGACAAUGAAGAUCCCAACCGUACAGCAUAUACCAUUUCGAUCGACUCGAAUGAUGCAAGCAUCACUACGGGGAUUUCAGCACACGAUCGUGCUUUGACGUGUCGAACGCUGGCAAGCCCCAAGGCUACCGCUGCUAGCUUCAGACGGCCUGGGCAUGUGUUCCCAUUGAAGGCGAGGGAUGGCGGUGUCCUCGAGCGUACGGGACAUACGGAGGCUGCUGUCGAGUUUUGUCGGUUGGCCGGGAAAGCCCCUGCGGGAGUGAUCUGCGAGAUGGUCGAUGAUGGAGAGCCGAUCCAGGGUCAGGCCGCGAUGAGAGAGCCGGGUAUGAUGAGACGGGACGCUUGUCUGGAGUUUGGACGGAAAUGGGGUCUCAAGGUCUGCACGAUCGAGGAAUUGGUCGAGUAUGUCCAGCACGAGAAGGGGCUUGCGAAUGGAGUUAAUGGGCACCAUUGA